AUGACUAUCGGUGACAUUGUCUCCGAUCCCUCAUUGCUACCCGUGUUGCGUACUUGCGCCGAGACGCGGGAACAAUGCGAGAAGCUUUUAUCCUUGUUAGAUCCCACGACACAGUCUACUUCAUCCGACCCCGAACAGGCGCUUCUAGCUGCCUCUAAACAGCAGAGGCAGCUUUUUGCCCUUCUAGCCCAGCUCCGCGGUCAAAGUCGGGAUGCUAUUCUUCGGGUUCGCCAGACAAAACAACUUACAGCAGAAGCUCGGCAAGAGAUCGAUCGAUUGCAUCUGCAACUGCAGAAUCUGUAUUAUGAACAGCGGCAUCUGACCGGAGAAAUCGCUGCUUGUGAAUCAUAUGAUCACAAAUACCUGUCCCUGCCAUUGAUCCCUGUGGAGGAGUUUUUGGCCCUUCAUCCGGAGCAUGCCAACCUUGAUGCACAUGAACUUAUGAUUGCACGCAUUAAUCACGAACAUGCCGAGCGGGAGAAGCUGGAACAGGCUCGACAGGAGCUUCUGAAGCGCAAGCAAGCUUUGAUCGCAGAGAACAAGAAGCGGAAAGAUGACCUGGCUAGCCUGGACCAAGAUCUUGAACGGUUCAUUGAUGCAGCAAAACCGAUCCAGAAAAUCUUCGAGAAGGAAUACUAG